UUGCAUCUGACCGUGUACCUAACCCGAGGAGGGGGCCCGGGAUGCCUCCGGGCCCGUCCUCCGAGGGCUCUGGAGCGCCGAGCGUCCUCCGCAUCCCACCGCUUGGUGCGAAGGGGCGAACCCCGAAGGACCCGGGCGUGGAGCUCCCGGCCCCUCCCGCGAGCCUCCGUGGCCUCCCGCGCCGCACCCACUUCCUCCUUCCUUCCGCGCGCGCCAGCCAACCGCUCGCCAAAAAAAAAAAAAAAAAAAAAAAAAAAAUUCCCUGUCAGUUCUGACAGGAAGCGGGGAAGCCGCGCCCGAGCGAGCGGACGCGCAUCCCCGCCGCGCCCGGGGGGACUCGGUGGGCAGCGGGGUCCCGCCUGGGCCUGGGCCUCGGCCUCGCCCGGCCUUCGGGCCCCGCCCAGCGCUCGGUCCGCGUCUCCCGCUGCUCGGCCCCCUCCCCGCCGGGUCCCCGGCGCUCGGGCGCGAGCCCGCCAUGGAGGUGGAGGAGGCGUUCCAGGCGGUGGGCGAGAUGGGCCUCUACCAGAUGUACUUGUGCUUCCUGCUGGCCGUGCUGCUGCAGCUUUAUGUGGCCACAGAAGCUAUCCUCAUUGCACUCAUUGGAGCUACACCAUCAUACUACUGGGACAUGGCCGAGCUUCUGCCUAACCAGAGCCACAGCAACCAGUCAGAUGGCAAAGACCAGGCCUUUGGGGACUGGCUUCUGACUGCCAAUGGCAGUGAGAUCCAUAAGCAUGUGCAUUUCAGCAGCAGCUUCACCUCUAUUGCCUCUGAGUGGUUUCUAAUCGCCAACCGAUCUUACAAAGUCAGUGCUGCCAGCUCCUUUUUCUUCAGUGGUGUGUUUGUUGGCGUUAUCUCCUUUGGUCAGCUUUCAGAUCGCUUCGGAAGGAAAAAAGUUUAUCUCACAGGUUUUGCUCUUGACAUCUUAUUUGCUAUCGCAAAUGGAUUUUCCCCCUCAUAUGAAUUCUUUGCAGUAACUCGUUUCUUGGUGGGCAUGAUGAAUGGAGGGAUGUCCCUGGUGGCCUUUGUCUUGCUAAAUGAAUGCGUGGGCACCGCCUACUGGGCACUCGCAGGAUCGAUUGGCGGUCUCUUCUUUGCCGUUGGCAUCGCACAGUGUGCCCUGCUAGGAUACUUCAUCCGCUCCUGGAGGACCCUAGCUGUCCUGGUCAACCUUCAGGGAACAGUAGUCUUUCUCUUAUCUUUAUUCAUUCCUGAAUCACCUCGUUGGUUAUACUCCCAGGGUCGACUGAGUGAGGCGGAGGAGGCUCUGUACCUCAUUGCCAAGAGGAACCGCAAGCUCAAGUGCACGUUCUCACUAACUCAUCCGGCCAACAGGACCUACAGGGAAACUGGGAGCUUCCUGGAUCUGUUCCGUUACCGGAUCCUCCUAGGACAUACUCUGAUCCUGAUGUUCAUCUGGUUUGUCUGCAGCUUGGUGUACUAUGGCCUCACCCUGAGCGCAGGUGACCUAGGGGGGAGUAUUUAUGCCAACCUGGCUUUAUCUGGCCUCAUAGAGAUUCCAUCCUACCCUCUCUGCAUCUACCUGAUUAACCAAAGAUGGUUUGGUCGGAAGCGGACGCUAGCAGCGUUUCUGUGCCUUGGAGGACUAGCCUGUCUUAUUGUGAUGUUUCUCCCAGAAAAAAAAGACACAGGCAUGUUUGCAGUGGUCAACAGCCACUCCUUGUCCCUGCUGGGGAAGCUGACGAUCAGUGCUGCCUUCAACAUCGUCUACAUCUAUACCUCUGAGCUGUACCCCACUGUCAUCAGAAAUGUUGGCCUUGGAACAUGUUCCAUGUUCUCCCGAGUUGGUGGGAUCAUUGCUCCCUUCAUCCCCUCACUGAAGGACGUGCAGUGGUCUCUGCCCUUCAUCGUGUUUGGAGCCACCGGCCUGACCUCAGGCCUCCUAAGCCUGCUAUUGCCAGAGACUCUGAACAGCCCUUUGUUGGAGACAUUUUCUGACCUUCAAAUGUACUCAUAUAAGAUGCUAGGGGAGGAAGCCUUGUCUCUACAGACCCUGGAUCCUCCACAGCUCCUAGACAAGGCCAGCGCCUUGGGGAGUGAGAGCGAUGACGAGGAGGAAGAGUUCUAUGAUGCAGAUGAGGAGACACAGAUGAUCAAGUGAAGACCCCACAUCCUGCCCAGAAGCAAAACACCGUCAUCAUUAGUGCUCCGUUCAGCAUCAGGACCACUCAGCCCACACCGAUGCUUCCACACAUGAGGUUGGAUUCCCAAAGAGAGAACCUUGGCACCGUGAGAGAAGCAUUGCCGAUUUGAUCAGGAUGAGCUGAUCAGCACCAUGCCUCUGGCCACACAGCUCAGGUCCACCUUCUAGGUGCCUGACCUGAACCUCAUGCUGCUUCCCUUCCUCAUGACCCAAAAGCCGGGGUGUGAAACUGCUCAAACUUCUACUAGGAUUAGCUAGGCCUUCCCUGAGAUUUUGUCUUCCUAGUAAACUUGGCGUCUGCCCCUGUCACUUGGGACUCCCCACCAGGAAUCUUCUGGGGCAGGCUGCUGUGUGCAGAUCCCCAGCUUUCCCUUGGCUGGUGAAAUGAGUCUUCCGCUGGUUCCCAGCUCGUUGGUUGACAGUGCAGCUUGUGCCUUUUGGUCUGAGGUCAUUCACUAGCAAAAGCCAGAGCCAACCAAGCAGUUUGCUGAGGUCAGAGGACUGGUCAUGCCACGGUAGCUACCUUUGACACGUAUGUUGUGCAAUUUUUCUAGUUCCCACUUGGAAACAUUUGGGAAUUUUGUCAUUGUUGUUGUGAGAUUCUAGUAUUGGCAAUAACUUCACAAUCAUGCCCAGUCAACAUUGAAACUUUACAAGUUGGGAGUAGUCUGCAAGCGAUGAGCUGAGCACUCUUUAAACGACUUAAAUAAGAGUGAAGAUUGUCUUUUACAGUGUUUGUUCUCUUCAAUGUGCACAGAGGGAUUUGGACAGCACAUCAAGGCUUGAACUCUGCCCUACAUCAGUCUCUACAUGUUUACUCAAAAGGCAUGGUGAUUUUUAAAGAAAAUGUUGAGUUUUCAUUAAGUGCUUCCAUGGAUUUCCAAAUUAAGAGAAUUAAGAAUUCUCUUAAUUCUCAUUUCUCACAAAACUUGAACACCGUGAACUAAGCAUAUGAGCCAAGAGUCCACGUGUGGACAAUUGAUGACUGUCCCAGUCAGGGAAAUUACUGUGUUUAGGAGUUCUGUUCAUGCUAAUCUCUCUGGAAUAGAAAGCACAUGGAUGUGAAUGAAGGUGCUCUGUGGAUACACCUGGAACUUGUGGAGGCCUGCGUCCUGUUGCUUCCACAUGGUUCCUGGUCUCCUCCGUGCUGUCUUGGCUUACACUGUGCCCAUCUGUUUCUUUAUAAAAUCAUUUUUUUCCUUCGUGUCCUUGAUUAUGGGAGAGCCAUAAUCUACCACUGUAGAGAGCACUGGCCAAGAUGCAAUGAAGACCCAAAGGAGAUCCUGUGUGUAGCUGUCAGAAAGAUUAUGGAACUCCUUGGAGCAUCAUAUCUGCAAAUCCCAGCAAAGAGUGCCCACACCCCAAACUACGAAGUCCUGCUGCUCUCUCCUCUGGUAGAGGUCAGCUCUACUUGGGAAAGGAAGAAAGGGUUUCCAGAAACUACUGAUUCUUGUCAAAUAAAGUGUUUAAAAUAAAGCAGUAAAUUAAUAU